AGAUUGAAAGAGAGAAUAAUUCAAUCAAUGGACAGUGACGUCGGUUGACAUUGUCUCCCCCUGGUGUUAACGCGUGGAAUUGCACCCUCUCUCUCUCUCUCUCGCUCUCUCUCUCUCGCUCUCUCCCCCCCUCCGCACGCAGUGCUGCCCCCUGUCUGCUGCCCACGGGGUGACACCCGCGUUACUGUCUCACUGCGAGCUCCUGGAGCUCCGCUGCAGGAAUUGCAUGUGCGUGUCGUCUUGAGCUCAAAUCCAUGGGGACGACACUGCUGUGAAGAGGUAAACGCUGCUUUGUGGGGAGCCCUCAGGCUUGUUUACCAUGUAAGUGCUGGAUGGCGCUAAACCCCUUCCUGUGGGAAAAAGUCAUCCACACAAAUCUGCUGGAUUUGUCCGACACCAGGCACCUUGUUCCCAAAAGGCACCUCAGCCAACUGCUUGGACCAUAUUGCCAUGGACACGGAGUCAACAUAUUCUGGAUACUCGCACUACUCCGGUCGCUCCCGAGGGUCCCACAGGCAUGGGGAGCGCAGCCGUGAGCGCCGUAAGUCCCGGAGCAAAGACAGUAGUCGCUCGGAGAAGUCGGUCACCAUCACUGCCUCACCUGGCGCACCGCUCGCAGAGCCACCUGCACAGGGAGAGGAGGUCCAGGAUGACAACUGGGGUGAGACCACCACGGCGGUCACAGGCACAUCUGAGCACAGCCUGUCCCAAGAGGAUAUUGUGCAAAUUGGGAAGGACUUGGAGGUUCCCGGAGGGAGGGACUGUCGUCGCUACCUGUCUUUGGGGCUGGCGGGGUCAUUGGGGCUGCUGGUGUUCCUCACACCCGUGGCCUUCCUCGUGCUGCCCCUUGCGCUGUGGACGGACACUGCCCGGCGCUGUGGCACAGCCUGCGAGGGGCUGCUCAUCUCCGCCGUCUUCAAACUGCUCAUUCUGCUGCUGGCCGUGUGGGCGCUGUUCCUGCGACCGCCCCGUGCACGCCUGCCCCGGGUCAACGUCCCGCAAGCCCUGCUGUUGCUGCUGGCACUGCUGUGCGUCAUCAGCUACUCGCUGUUCUACGCCGUGCGCGUCGUGGACCAGGAGGACAAGAACUACGAGGGAAUCGUUCAGUAUGCUGUGUCACUAGUGGAUGCUCUGCUCUUCAUCCACUAUCUGGGCCUUGUGCUGCUGGAGCUACGGCAUCUACAGCCCACCUUCUCUGUUAGGGUCAUGCGCUCCACCGAUGGAGAGACCCGCCACUAUAACCUGGGCCAGCUCAGCAUCCAGCAAGCAGCCCUAGUCAUUCUGGAGCACUACUACCGGGACUUCCCUGUCCACAACCCCGCCCUGCUGACUGCCUCCAAGUCCAGAGCUGCUAAGCACUUGGCUGGGCUCAAGGUCUACAGUGUGGAUGGCCCAGGAAACAACGCAAGUGCCGGCCAAUCACAGGCCAUGAUGGCGGCCGCCGCCCGCCGCCGGGACAGCAGCCACAACGAGCUGUACUACGAGGAGGCUGACCACGAACGGCGUGCGCGAAAGCGUCGGGCCCGGCUUGUGGUGGCAGUGGAGGAGGCCUUCACGCAUAUCCAGCGACUGCAGGAUGAGGAGCAGAAGAAAGCGGCAGGCGGGGAGGUGAUGGACCCCCGCGAGGCCGCCCAGGCCAUCUUUCCCUCCAUGGCGCGUGCCCUGCAGAAGUACCUCCGUACCACAAGGCAGCAGCACUGUCAUAGCAUGGAGAGCAUUCAGCAGCACCUUGCUUUCUGCAUUGCCAACAACAUGACGCCCAAGGCCUUCCUGGAGAGCUAUCUGACCCCGGGCCCCACCCUGCAGUAUGGGCGUGAGCGCUGGCUGUCCGCUCGAUGGAAGCUGGUCAGCGAAGAAGCCGUAACCCGUGGGCUGAAGGAUGGAUCUGUUUUCUUACUCAACAAUGUGGAUUUUAGCCUAGUGGUGACAGUCACCAGGAUCCCCUACAUCAGCCUUGCGGAGGAGUUCAUUGACCCCAAGUCGCACAAGUUUGUUCUCCGGAUGCAGUCGGAAACCUCUGUAUAGAGGUGCUUAGGCUCGCGCGCUGUUUUUUACUUUUACAUUUUCUUUUUACGUUUUUACCAUUUUUAUAUUAUAUACAAACACAUAUUCAAUAUUUAUGCAUCACUGUUUGUUCCUUUUGGGAUUUUACUUAGAAGAGAAAACGUGAGCAUCAGCAAGAGUUCACAUCUAGCCAGUGAGGUGGCCAUAUCUGAAUCUGUGUGGUAUGGGAAUAUCGCACAGGAAGCUACCUUUUUUGUCAUAUGUCAGGUGUCAGAUGCCAGGGCAGGGUAUAGGGACAUCCUGAUUUUGUGACCAGGCUUGGAACACUGGUGCUUACCAACUGGACAACUGGAGUACUACUGGCUAAAGAGUCACCAGGAAAGCUGGUUCUUGCCAGUUGGACCGGUACCGACCGCAAACUCCGAUGCCUGUCUACAGGAUCAUCAGUGACUGACACCGCACACUCAUAUCCAGGCGGAAAAACCACAGCUGGGACAAUUGUGUUACGUGUAUCUACGUAUGACGCUCAACAAGACCGCUGAAAUGGUCCAGCUUUUCAAAUUAAUACAAAUUAUUUAAAUUGCCGGUGCAAAAUAAAUUAUCGAGUUAAUUUCCAGCUCUUAAGGUGUUCCGACUCUCUUCGUUUUUGUUACAGUUGUUAUGGUUUCUUGCUGCGUUGAUUCACCAGGGGUUGUCAUGCCAACAGACACUGCAGAGUGCAGCCCUUAAGACUGAUCGGCACAGCGAUCCUAACCAAAACAGCUAUUCAGGUGCAACAGGAGGAAUUGUUUCAUUUUCUACUAAGUGUUCAUGUUUGUAUUUAAAUAAUAUAUAUUUAUACUAUGUGUAUACAAAUGUAUAAAGCUGCCACUUUUUACAGUUUAAUUUUGUACGUAACCAGGCUACACAAGGUGACCUCCUGGUUGUGCAACUGGACUCAUACAGUUGUUUUAUACCGUCUUAGGGGACAUGCGACCACUGUUUACACACAUGUACAGAAUUCAAGCAAAGACCGUGUUCAUCGUUUUUUCUGUGGUUUGGUUGAACUUUCCCAUUCCGUAUUACCCGGUAUGAGCUGACCUUUGUCAUUCUUAACCAUGUGUAAGCCGAACAAAUAUGAUGAAAUGAAGGUUUUUAAGUACAGUACUCUAAGCCAGCGGUAAAGCACUACUUUAACACAUUUCGGGGACUUAUUUCUGUUUGAAAUGUUAUUUAUAGAUCAUUUUGUGUUUUUGAAAAAAAUGUAAGAAUAUUAUGCCCGGAAGAUGAUCCAGAAAAAGAAAAUUCUUCAGUAUAUGUAAAAUAUAAAAGCAAACUAAUGAUAUUUGUGGCAACACUUCAGCCUUCAAAACCCAGGAAUGCAGUAAAUUUCUUCAUGCAAGGAGUCCCUUGCUCUAGAAAAAAACUAUUCUUGCUUAUAUUUGUGUAAUUGUAUGGCCUCCCGUGAACAGCCAGUAACACACAAACACGCACUGGCUGAAGCCACUUGUCCCGAGCGGGGUUGCGGCA